AUGACAUUGGAGGUGGAGGAGGCGGGAGGCCGGCGCAUCAUUGCGAACGCUGGACGAACUUUUACCAGGUGGGAAGACUGGCUGAUCGCAGGGGAGAAGGGCAUUCUUCUUGGCGUCGAGAAGGUCGAUAUCGGGAGCCCCAGCGACGUAGUCGACGAUUUUGGCGCAAGCAGAUGGCUGAAACAUCUCGGCGCGUAG